AGUUAGUUUUGCAGCAGUUUCAGCCUGAAAAUAUGCAUCGAGUGCAGGCAGCUGUGUCUGCUAAGCCAGGAGGUGGCUGAGAUGCCAUCACUUCUCUCGCUGUGGUCCUGAUAGCCUGAUGAGCCAUGAAGGAAUUGUCAACCACAUGGAUGAGGGAGGUUUGAAGUAUAAUCCUGCACCUUACUAUCUAGAAAAUGUCUUAUGGAUCCAUUGAUGGAAGUGGAUUUGGGAGCAGGAAUCCAUUUGGAGGCCCUUCAAGACAAGGCUAUCAACCUCUCGCCACCCAGAUUGACCCCAGCGAACUACAGGAACUCUUUCAAGAGACUUCAGCCAACGUCUUCCGAAUCAACUCCAAUGUGACCUCUCUGGAAAGAAGCCUUCGAUCUCUGGGGACCUCAAACGACACUCAAGAGCUGCAGGAUGGACUGCAUGCAACCCAGCAGGAGACUAAUAAAACCAUCACGACUAGCACCAAAGCCAUCAAGCAGCUGUCUGAGGUUGUCAGAGGCUCAUCCAGGCAAGAACAACUUCAGCUGGACAGGCUGAAGAACCAGCUGUCAGAUGCCAUCCAGAGAUAUGGAGUUGUGCAGAAGAAAAUAGCAGAGAAAUCCAAAGCUUUGCUUCCUACUGGGCAGAGAAGCACCAAACAGAGCCCUAAGACCCCCUUCUCUGACCUCCGUGAUGACGAGAAGAUCUUUAAUGGAGGAGAAGGCAUGUGGCAGAACCAGAACCAGGACAAAGCCUUGCUCUCAGAAAUCACAGAGGAGGAUCUGGAGGCAAUCCGCCAGCGAGAAGAGGCCGUUCAGCAGAUUGAGAGUGACAUGUUGGAUGUGAACCAGAUCAUUAAGGACCUGGCCUCCAUGGUGCAUGAGCAAGGAGACACAAUAGAUAGCAUUGAAGCCAACAUUGAGACUGCAUCUUCUAAUGUAGAAUCGGCGAACGAACAGUUGGCAAAAGCCAGUCAACACCAACUACGAGCCAGGAAGAUGAAGUGCUGCCUUCUCUCUGUUGCGUUGGCUGUUCUGCUGUUCAUCGUCAUAAUCAUCGCAGUCUCAGUCAAGGGUUGAUCUGGCUACUGUUUCCACAGAGCCUGUGACCACCCUGUGAAGUGGAAUGGAUUCUCAAGGCGUUUUAGAUUCAGACCCUACGUCAAUGUCUGCUUUACUGACCACAUUAUACUAAAACUGCUAUAGCCAACACACACUAAUUGUAUGAAAGAAAAGCUAAGUUUUAUACUAUGUGUUAGUAUAAUUGUAUUUUUUCUCUUUAUUUUUUACCCUUUCACUGCAGAUAUGUUUUACCUUAUGUUACAGACUUUAUUUAUGUCCCCUGUGUAUCUGGGGAAUGCUAUUUCUUUGCCUCCAGAUUCAAUAUACGGUGUUCAGUAAGAUACAGAACUGUUAAAUCAUGUUUAUUGUUUGUGUUUUUAACAUGCUCCUGAUCUCCAUUUCUGCUCAUUUAAAACCAUGAAAGCCA